AAAUCACAUGUCUUGCCUUCCAUUUAUUGUUUCAGAUAUUGUAAAACCACAGGUGACAUGCCCUCCCUCCCGUACAAUUUCAGUAAAAGAUGUUUCCUCAUCUGAGGAGGUGGACACUGUGCUUGAAAGCGACAUCAUCAAGUCGGAUAUUGUAGGUAUAACAGAUGUUAUCAUCAAUCCUACUACCCUGACUGUGAGUGGCAGUAAUCUGGGCAGUCAUAUUGUCACAAUCAUAGUACGGGAUGCUGCUUCCAACUCGGCUGUCUGCAACUUUGAUGUGGCCGUCAAAAUUGAUCCCUGUUCACCUUUAGCAUUGACUACGCCCUUACAUGGAAGUAAAGUUUGCAAUGAAGUAGCAGGUGGUUACUCCUGUACACUAACCUGUGAGUCAGGCUAUGUGUUCUACCAAUAUCCUACUACUAACCUAUCCAUGCAGUGCAGAAUGGGAAAUCCCUGGAAUCCAGAAGCGGUGCCUGCAUGUGUCCCAGGUAAGGGUUGUUCUUGCUUAUGUCCCAGGCAAGGACUUACCUCUGUGAAUGAAAGACAAUGUGUCUGCAAGUAAGUGUCCCAGGUAAUG